UUGUGAAUCCUUGUGCCUAGCGGCAUGUCCUUUCUACUUGGCUCUCGUUCCAGCUACCGAGGGCUCCGGAAAUGCCCCAAAUGUGGCCAGCACAAUGGUAAUCGGGCGAUGAGAUGCAAAAACGGAUCCUGCGACCAGGUGUUCCGGUUCGACGAUGGCCACGGGAAACGGACUGAAGGAGGAAAACAUGGUUCCGAUACGGUAGCGACGGCUUUUGCGGUUCGCUUAAUUCAUCCGACAGCUGAUUCUCCGCUCUACAGCGUGUCCCUAAGCCCGGGGAAUCCUUUUUUCGUCGAGUCAGUGAGCGAACCAGACGGACUGGUGUCGUUCUGUUCCUGGGGGAGCUCUACGAUUCCAACAACCCUCACGGAAUCGGUGCAAAAGCUUAUACUUGAUUGUAAAAGUGUCGCGGAACCACUAACAAUUCACAGAGAUGCACUGGACACGCUGGCUGCUACAGCCGUGGACAGACAUUCGAUCUGGGACAGACAAACUCAGUGCAGUCCAGCAGCACUAGUGCAACGGCUUUCCGGAGAUUUGUUCGUCGUUGGACAUCCCUACCUAGUCGGCGACUCCGGUAGACUGUGGCAUGUGAAGGCCACGAAGAAGAAUCAAAAGUACUCUCAACUUACCUGUGAUUGUUGUGCGACCGUUCCACCAGCAACAAACAACAAACCGGCGCUCUGUUGGCAUGUGGUGGCGAUCGUAGCGGCGUUGUUAAGUGCACCGGAUAAGUACACCGACCGCCAGUGGGGGUCCCUGUUGCGUGAGUACACGAACAACCGGGUGUCCGACCAGCGGCCCACGAUCCCUGCCGAUGCCACGAAUCCGAUACUGUCGAUCGAGUUCCCUUUCAGCUCAGUCCAGUCGCCUCAGACACCCACCGAAUGCAUAGCGAUCGAUGCUGACUCCAAUGUGGAGCUGAUCGAUUUCCACGAUAGCCUAGUGGCCACAUCUUCUCUUACACCGACUUUCGAGGCGUUCCCCGAUGAUGGCUGUGAAGGGGUAGGAGGAUUGAUUAUGCCCGAUCUGCUCGACAACGGUGAAUCCAUCUAUGAGCUAGCGAUCACCGAUGAUCCCAUUCCACCGACUUCACUGGAGAAUGACUGCAGUUCCGACGUGUUUGCUACCUCUAUCGAAGAGUCCGACCUGGCGCUGAUCCAGGACUGCCAGAUUGAGCUGAUGGACCAGUUCGAUCUAACCGAUCGCAUCGAUUUCUGUCCAUCCGAUAUCGAGUGCGAUGAAAGCCUACUGCUCGCCGUUCCACCGAACGUGAUUCAAUCGCCGUCAGACGAUUCCUUCUGCUGUACCACGACAGCAGACCUGCCACUGGAAGGUGAUGGCAAGCGGGCGAAAGGAAAGAAACAACCACCGCUGGUAGAAAUUACGACCAAAAAGUCGGCCCUCCGUCAGAUGAGCCGCUUGCCUAGGGAUAAACUGACCGGCGGAAGCUACAGCUUGCGCAAGCUUAUGAAAACGCUCGAAUCGAACGGUAUACUGUUUAAUCGUAUACCCAGACCGGCUACAACGACGAUGCCAGUGGAUGUACCACCGUACGAGGCCUCGCUGUGCAAUUUGUCGUUCAUUCGCUGGCUGGAGGCAGUGAUCGAACAGCUCAACUCCGUCAUUGAGUACAGCUCCGAUGGACGACCCGGUCCGCAGACGUUUCGUAUCCAGGAAGAUUUCUUUCGCUGUCUUCGGGCCCGCUUUUCCAUAGGCCAUCAUCUACGGCAACCGGAUGUAGUAGAACCGCAGGCGCACCCACAAAAACCUGCAUCACAGUUCUUCAAGUUCACGCACCACAAUCAAGUUUUGCACGUGUUUCGUACCGAACGCAUAGCGCUGUGCUUCGAGAAACACUUUACCCGGUCUGCCUGUGGUCAGUAUACAGCGAUCGAGAUCGAGGAUCCCCCGGCUGUGGCAAUUGCCACAUUUCCUGUCACGGGCCGUCCAAUACGGCCGCAAGUGUACAGUACGUUUAUAAAACUGGGACGCUACAAGCACGAGGCCGACCAGGAGCGGAUUUAUCACCUCGGAUUAGAGUGGAUUGGUGGCGUUCUGCCACGCAGCGGUUUCGGUGAUCUGCGGAUCACCUUCGAGUUCGGUCAUCGGGCCCAUGGCCGUUACGUACCUCCGCCAACACAGUAAUUCCUCUUCUUUCCUUCAAUUCGCAUCUUUACUUCUUGU